ACUUUUUGUAAACGCCCCGCACAGCCUGGACCGGCCUGCCCCCGCCCGGCGAGCCUCCGGGGCCCAGCCGACAGCCAGGCUCACGCGCCCUUGAAAUCUGCCGGUACUCGCUCUGCGGGCUGGGCUGGGAGAUGACGAGGACCCCGGUGGGGUCCACCCGCACCCGGCCAAAGCCCAGGAAGCUCGGGCCCCAGCGAGAAGAGGCACUCCAAGCCUCCUCGCAGCUUUCAGAACCCCCAGCCCUGGUGCAGAAGAGGAUGCCUGAUGCGUGCACCCUGGGAAGGACUGGAAUCAGUCUUCCCAAGAUGUGCCUUCACAUGGCUGUCCGGCAUUCGAAGGCUCAGAAAACAGGGCCGGGAAUCCUGCAACAGCGGCAGAAGCGGCCCUCGCCUCUGGCUCCAGGCUCCCCAGCUCUACUAGGGGAGCGUCGCGGCUGCUCUGAGGCAGGCAGCGCUUCGCUAGAACCGUUCAGCUCGUCCCGCGCCGACGCCGGCUGCCUGAACCAGGUCCCGCGGUCCCCUUUCCUAGCGGGACCCCGAAACACCCGCCGGCCUCCCACUCCUGAGCGGGAGAGAAUAGAGCCUGCUGCAACCCUCUGCUUGUAG